CUGUUCUGAUAGCCUAAAUAAUAAAAAUUCAGUGAGCAAAUCCAAAAUCGAUAUCAGCCAGCUCUGUUCCGUAAUUUAUUAUUUUUUUCAAAGAUACGGAUGAGGUUGAAUUUCUAUUAAAUCAAACAUGAAUUUAAUACAAAGCUACGAACAGCAAUAUUCAACGGUUACUGCCGAUAUUACCCAUAAUAUCGGAAAGAUAGCGACUUCUCAAGGAGUUGAGAAACAAAAUUAUGUUAAACAAGCAGAGAAGUUAUUUGAAGAAGCUAAUGAGUUGCUGGAACAGAUGGAUCUAGAAGUAAAAGAACUUGAGGCAAAAGACAGACAAAAAUAUCACACCCGGGUGAAGAGCUUCAAAAUCCAGUUGACUAAACUACAGGCUGAUUUGAAGAGAGCAAAGCUUGGAAUAGAUGCAAAUAGAGAUGAAUUGCUGGGAGAUGACACCCAUGACUCAGAAGAUCAGCGAGCAAGAUUACUAGACAACUCUGAGACUCUAGAGAGGACAAGUCGGAGGCUGGACCACGGCUACAGAAUCGCUAUUGAGACAGAACAAAUGGGUAGCCAGAUUUUAGAUGAUUUACAUUCCCAAAGGCAGACAAUAACACGAUCCAGAGGUCGGCUUCAAGAAAUGGAUUCAGCAUUAGGUAAAAGCUCACGACUGCUUUCAGGAAUGAUGCAUAGAGUUAUCCAAAAUCGUGUGAUGCUCCUUGGUGUGAUGUUGAUUGUGCUCAUCGCUAUCAUCCUGUUCAUUUAUUUCAUGGUCAAGUCACACUCUUGAUACUCCCAGCCACAAGUAACAACACACAGCAAAAAAUUGUAUCAUUCAGUCUUGUAUUAGAGGGAUGGCAUAGAUGGACUGGGUCCUUUCACCAGGAGUCUCUGUGCCAACACUAACAAGGGCAUGAGCUUUGAUUUCACUCUUACACACUCAUUUUGUUUUUAUUUGAACAAGUGUCUCGUGCCAUAGUAAAGGAAUAAAUGCACUAGAAGAGGUACAGAGAAAGAGUCAAAUUUAAAGAAAAGUAGUAUUUAAAAAUAAAAAAAAGAGAAAAUAUGAUGCAAAAUUGUUUUUUUGCACAAAUUAGGUGGCCAAUUGUUUAAAAUUACUAGUAUAAGUUAUACAGUAUAAGCGGUUUUGUGGCUGGCCGAUGAGAAUUUAAUCAUCAGAGGAUGUUGCUAAAGGACCUAACUCUAGUAUUAAAGGUUGAAGGAUCAGACCUCAAUUUUAAAGGCCUUGCUUAAGGACUUUACUGCAAUGUUGGAGGAUUUCCUUAAAGACUACUGCAGCAUUAAACUUGUGAAAUCAAAGACAUUGCACUUAAUUUUAAUAUCUUGACCUCUGGCCUCAUUUUGAAAAAAAAUUUUUACUGCUAUGAAUUUAAAAAUUCAGUGUUACUUCAUUGCUCUAAUGAUUGACGCUUUUCAAAUUUGAGUUAGUGACCCUGCUUUUAUUAAAUUUAAAUUAAAAACAGAAUUGGUCUGCUUUAAUUAAGUAAAUAAACUACGCUAUUUAUUUCAAAAUAAAAACAAAAAUCCAGUUACUUCCCUUUAGCUCUGGGGUUUUUUUUUUUUUUUCUAAUUUGGGAUUAUCAUUCAUGAAAUAACCUCUUAAAAAUUUGGACCAGUUUUUCUGUUACUUUAUAUUUUAUAA